AUGUACAUCACUCUCGGAGUCGUCGGUAAGGAGGAAGCAUCAAACAGUUCUCCUUCUGAUGCGAUUGUGAGGAGCUUCCAGCUUCUCCCAUCGUGCGUUGACUUUGGCACGCUGAAGGAGGGCACCUUCUCUGCCAUUACUGUGGUGAUGAAGAAUGUUGGUGUUGACAGAUGCAGCUUCUGUGUGAAACAGCCUCCUCCUGCUACAGGCCUCCGGGUCAUCUACAACCCUGACCCUGUAGCUGCAGGUUUGCAGGUUGAACUGCAGGUUCAGCUGUUUGCAGUGUGUGCUGUCCAAGCCGGCGAAGUAGUAGAGCCAAAGAAGUUAAUCUCUCAGGAAAUUAUCAUCCAUACUGAGAAAGACAUCCUCUAUCUGCCAGUCACUGCUAAUAUCCUUUGA